UGAACUCAUACUUUAAGAAACAUGACUUACACUUAGCAUAUAAAAUGCUAGAUGAUAUAUUGGCUACUAUACGGAACCACUCAUACAAGGCUAAGAGAACAAAUCAAGUUAAAGAUAGUGAUCUUCAAUAUCACUAUCAAAACCUAUUUAAUGCUAAAUUAAACCUAAAUAAUACCCAAGUCCCUUUAAAAACUACCGAAGUUCCUGAACUAACACUAGAUGAAAUAAAACUUGGCUUAAAAAAUAUGAAAAAUCAAACUACCCCUGGUAGCAACGGCAUAACAACCGAAAUGAUAAAGCAAGGAGGUUAUAAACUAAUUGACAUGCUACUCAAUAUAAUGAACAAGAUAUGGAAAAACCCAUGCACUAUGCCAGACCACUGGCUAGAUGCAGAGGUGAUAAGCAUAUACAAAAAUAAAGGACUAAGAUCAGACCCUAAUAACUACAGAAGUAUUUUCUUACUGGACACAAUAGGUAAGCUAUUUGCAGGCAUAGUCUGCAAUAGGCUUGUUCAACAAACAGAUAAUUACCUUCCAAUAACUCAAUUCGGAUUUAGAAAAAACUUAUCUACAAUUCACGCAAUCACAACGUUAAGACACCUAAUUCAAACCUCAAUAGACACAAACUGCACUAUAGUCCUAACCUUCGUUGACUUAACUAAAGCCUUCGAUACCAUUCCUAAACAAUUAAUAAUAGACACCUUAGCUAAAAUAUGCCCAUCAAACAAUAUAAAUUCCUGUAUAACUAAACUAUUAGACAAUCCUAAGGGACAUCUAAGAAAUACUGAACUAAAUUUCACAAUGCAUAGGGGAGUUAGACAGGGUAGUAAAGAAGGUCCGGCCAUCUUUAACCUAGUAUUCCAAAACAUAUUGGAACAUACAAUAGAUAAAACUUUAAAAGGAGUCACCCUAAGGGAUCAGCAUAAUAAAACUUGGACAAUUAAGCAUCUAGAAUAUGCUGAUGACUUAUGCUUAAUCACUAAUACAACGGAAGAGGCUACCAAAGCCCUAAACCACCUACAGCAAUACUUAACCAGUAUUGGUAUGGAGAUAUCAAUCUCCAAGACUAAAUACAUGAUAAUAAAUAAGAAAGGUAACUCAGCAAAUGUCAAAAUAGGCAACAAGGAUAUAGAAGAAGUAGAAUCCUUCCACUAUCUUGGUUCAACCAUAAAUAACAAAGGAACUCCGGAUAGUGCUAUCACCUACAACAUAGAAAAGGCAAAAAAUGCAAUAAUUAAAAUUAAACCAAUACUAAAAUCUAAAGAACUUAGCCUUGAUACCAAAAUGAAGCUGGUGGAUUCUUCAAUAAUCCCCAUUCUUACAUACGGUCUAGAAUCCAUAGUACUAAGAAAACAGGAUUGGUCUAGACUAGAAGCGGUGUUAAAUACAGUAAGACGUAUAAUUUUAGGUAUAAAUGAUAGAAAACAACUUACUGUUGAACAACUUAGACAUAAAAUAAACUUACCAAACUUAGCCAAUAAAAUCAUGCAAAACAGACUAAACUUGUGGUAUGUGGCACAUAAAAGACCAAAUAACCUAAUGGUGAGGUCUUUAAAUAGCAACUUUGAAAACCAGUGCAACAAUAGGAAGGCUCAUACUAGAAACUGGCUAAGACAACUGCUUCAAGACAUUAAGGAAAUGGGCGAACGCCUUCCUAGCAACUGGAUAAACCAACCCAACAAGGUUAAAAUAAAUACUCACCAAGAGUAUUUCCCCAAAAUUAUAGGAAAACGCCAAAUGAAGCAUGUAUGUCAAAAUGCAAACUGUAACAGAAUGUUUGCUACAAUUAAAGAAAUGAACAGACACCUUAGAAAUGAUCACCAAAAUAAAACUAACAGUGAGUCCCUAUAUAGCUGUCCCCUAUCUGACUGUAAUAAGACGUAUAAGACGUUGGGUUGGUUAAUUAGACACAUGCAAUCAUGCCACCCACAAUGUAACCUAGCUAAAGCUGAACCAAAAAACAAAGUUAAUAAAAUAGACUCCAAAAACGAUCAAAAUAAAUGUCCAUACCCAGGCUGCAACAAAACUUUACCAACUAAAAAAGGCAUAAUCAAUCACUGCUAUGUAGUACACAGAUGGUCAGCAAUCACCGGACAGGAAGUAAAACCAAAGACGAAAAACAAUGCAAAAACAACUAUUGCGCCCCGGUAGUUGUGCCGUGCUUCGAUGUAGCCUCUUCUCCAGAAGGGCCUACUAGGCUUCACCAACUAGUUUGGCUGGAAGGGGCACCACAGGGAUGGGAGGUAAAAUCCGACUCACACGUCCUCGUCGUGCCUCCUGGAUCAUGGGACUGUUUCCAUGAACUAACGUGAGCGGUAACCCGGGUGGUGGAGAUCGGACUAAUCACCCACUCUACCUAUACCCACAAUCUGAUUACCGAGUGCUACAAGGAAUCAUUAUAUAGCUAUUGAGAGUGCAAAAAUAGAGAGAAACAAAAAGAGAGAAAAAUAAUAAAAAAGAUUGCU